UAAAAAGUGAGAGAGAGAGAUAGAGAACUAUCUAGAGAGCAUUACCAAGAACAACACAACACCACAAAGCCUUCUGCUUUUAUUUAUUUCCAAGUCCGUGUAAUAAUAAUAAUAAAAAAAAGAUUACUCCUACUUUGUUCCUUGUUUAUAUCUGGGUUUGCUUUGCACUACAGUACUUCUUUUGGUGCAAAGAUCCCGAAACGCGAAAAAUCAAAAAAGGAAGAAUCUUUCUUUCUAUUUCUCUCCCGAUGAGGAUCCGGAAACGACAAGUGCCUCUUCCUCUUUCGUCUCUGUUACCUGUUCCUCUCUCAGAUCUCUACUUUAACCUCUCACCGACGGCCACCGCCCGAUACUUUUGCGGCGAAGAUAGCGACGGUGUUUUUGCUUCUCUUCAGCUUUCCCCCAUUUCUGAUCGGUUGAUUCCAAGUGAUGCGACGAGGAAGAAGAAGAAGAAGGAGGAGGAGGAUGAUAAAUCUUUGGAUGAUGAUGAUGAUGAUGAUAAUGGUGAUGGCGAUGCAGACGUGAAGAGUAGUACUGAUGCAUCGAGCAGCAAGAACGUUAGAGAACCCGAGUCUUCAACACAAGUUGUCGAGAAGAAUGAAAAGGUUGUGUCUUUGAGAAAAAGGAGAGGCUUUAGAAGCUUCGAGGAACAAGAAGAAGAUGAGGAAGAAGAAGAAGCUAGUGGCGGUGGAGGCGGUAAUAAAGGGAAGAGGAAAGCGAAAAAGAGUGGUGCGUUAGAGGAAGGAUCACGGUGCAGCCGCGUUAACGGUAGAGGAUGGAGAUGUUGUCAGCAAACGCUUGUUGGUUAUUCCCUUUGUGAGCAUCAUCUUGGUAAAGGAAGGGUUAGGAGCAUGAACAAGAGUGCAGGCGGUCGUGGUGGCCAAGGCGGUGGUGGCCGAGGCGGCGAGAAAAAGGCGGUGGUGGUGGAAGUGAAGAAGAAGACGGUGAAGCUUGGGAUGGUUAAGGCGCGUUCAAUAAGUAGUUUGCUUGGACAAACCAGCACAAGUAGUGGCAAUGCUGAUGUUGUUGUUGCUAAUGUGAGCGAGAUAAGUGCACCUACUGAUCAGUUUGCUGCUUAUGAUAAGUAAGUCUGUCGAUCAGCAUUUACAUUUAUGUGUGUAUAUGUUUGUUUUAUGUACAUGAACAUGAUGAUAAUGGACAUAGCUCUAUGUAUUGGGUGUGUGAACAUGAGUGUGUAGAUUGAUCGACUACUUAGUUGACGCUUGCUCUUGAUUUUAUAUAUAGAGAGAGAUAUU